AUGACAGCUACAAGAGCUACUACAACAAUUAGUUUACCAAAAAAUAAAACAGGACUUUUUGCUGGUGAUACUAUACAAGAAGUUAAAUCAAUAAAAAAUCAACCAAUUAUAGUAUCACGUCAAUCUCAUCAUACUACUUCAACUAAUCAAUUAUCCAUAUCAUCUGAACAAAAACAUUCAAAAAUUCAACAAUAUUAUCGUGUUGAUAGAAAAAAUAAUACAACAAAUAAUUUUUUUUUAAGUAAAAAUGUUUUACGAACUGGUUUUCGACCAUCACCAAUACGUCGACAAAAAUUACAUGAAACAAAUUCUUCAACACAUCGAGAUUUAAAAGAUUCAUCACCAAAACAAUCAUUUAUUCCAUCACGUACUUCAAAUAAAUUAAGAUCAGAAAUUGAUCAUCUUAAUAAUAAAUUAAAAAUACAUGGAGAUGUAAACAAAAUUUUACGAACUCAACAUAAUCGGGAUACACUUAGUACUCCACGAAGUGCUUUGUCAUAUUCAACAUCAAAUCGUAUUUCAUCUGCAUGUACCAAUUAUUUAGUCGAUGGUAGCCAUCAACGUUAUCCAUCAGCUAUAACAAAUAAUACCAUACAUACACUUAUAUCAAUUCCUGGAACGAUGGAUAUAUAUAGUAAAUCUACACAAAGUUUAUCAGGUAUAACUGAAUCAUCACCAAUAAUCAAUGCUGAAGAUAAUAAUCAACAUGAAAUAAAUCAUCCUAUAACUCAUGCUUAUCAAAUUCCACAACAAUCAAAUGUUGGAAAUGAAAUUAUUUUUCCUUUAAAUCUAUCACCAUCAUUAUUAUCAAAUAAAUCAUAUUCAAAAAGAAAAGAUCAUCGUUCUAAAGGAACGAAAUCAGGUUCAUCUCCAUUCUAUGUUAUGUAUUUUACUAAUUUAACUAUGCAACAACAACAUAGUAAUAAUAAUAAUGAAAAUGAUAAAAGACCAUUAUCAAUAUCAGCAACAGCCAUACGUAAAGAACCAAUUAAUUCUCGUACAAGUACAUCUCAUUCACGUCGUCAAUCAAUAAGAAAACAUGUUAAUACUCCAGUAAAUUCGAAUACUUAUUUAACUAUUGAUGAUAAUGAUUCAACACCAAAUACAACAUCAUAUUAUAAUAAUAAACGUUUUUCAGCUAAAAUAACUGAAUUUGAAAAUGAAAAUUCUCAUUUAUUAAAAGAUAUUCUACGGACUACAUCAUGGAAUCAUCUACAAGUGUAA